UCCUAUGGGCCACCACUAGCACAACAAAAAAAUAGUUCUAAGCAAAUCGAAAAAAAGGCGGGAAACCUUAGGUGCGGAAAGAAACAAAAAAUACACACAUGUGUCAUAGAGGAGGCGUCUGAAAUUCGAAAUAAUCUAACACAGAUAACAAAAGUCGUUAAAGUGCAACACCAUUGAAAAGCAACCAGAACGUCCAACGAAGGGUGAAAUUGCCAUUAAAUAGGGAAUUCGGGAUACACAUUUACCGGAAGUAAAGACACCAAGUACUAACCAUGUCUGGCAUUGCAAUCACGCGUUUGGGCGAGGAGCGAAAGGCGUGGCGCAAGGAUCACCCCUUCGGAUUCGUGGCGCGUCCCGCCAAAAACUCGGACGGCACCCUCAACCUGAUGAUCUGGGAGUGCGGCAUUCCCGGCAAGAAGUCCACCCCCUGGGAGGGCGGCCUCUACAAGCUGCGCAUGAUCUUCAAGGACGACUACCCCACCUCGCCGCCCAAGUGCAAGUUCGAGCCGCCGCUGUUCCACCCGAACGUCUAUCCCUCGGGCACCGUCUGCCUGUCGCUGCUCGACGAGGAGAAGGACUGGCGCCCGGCCAUUACCAUCAAGCAGAUCCUGCUGGGCAUCCAAGACUUGCUCAACGAGCCGAACAUCAAGGACCCGGCCCAGGCGGAGGCCUACACCAUUUACUGCCAGAACCGGCUGGAGUACGAGAAGCGUGUCCGCGCCCAGGCCCGCUCCAUGGCGGCCACCGAGUAAUCCGAGUCCCGCUCGCGAACUUCCCACAUAGACAUAAGCAAAUAUCCAUCUAGGCACACUCAAUUCAAUGCUCUCCAUAUCUAUAUACUCUUACUAAGUCUACUUGUGUAUGUACAUAUGAAUUUUAACCGAACUAUACUGCGCACACAAAUCACAUUUGUUUAUAUCAUAAAACGCAUUUGAUGUAAGCCAUUAUUUGUACUCCAUCUUAAUAAAACCAAUAAGUUCUGGAA